GCGCGUUCCGGCUCGCACGCUGAUUGGUCAGGGCGGCUGUCAGUCUCCGGUGCCUACAGGUGACCCGACCUACAGCUCGACACACCAACAUCCAGAAAAAACAAAUAGCGGACCUCGCUGAGGAGUGUAACGCCUUAAUAUCAUUUGAAGAAGGAAAAAAAAUCGUACAGCGCACACUUUUUUCUACCAAGUUUCACUUCCAGGAACCGAAGGAGGAAGCGAGCUGAGCGUGGUUGUGCCACUGCUCCACAGUCACCGUGCUGCGCGUCUGGAACAGCCGGGUUUAUAACUUCGUACUUUCUGACCUUCAGCGGGUGAGUGCUGGUUCUCCGUGUCGGUGCGUGUGCGCGCGUGCGGCGCCGCUUUAAAUCCCAACUGCGUCUUUUAAUUACAUUUUGGACUUCGUUUCAGCUAUCACACCAUCUUUCGGGCUGGACUGCGCGGCAGCUGCACGGCCCCCACGCCCCCCUGCCAUGGUGUCCCGCGUAGGCAUGCGCCAGCUGCUCAUGCGUGAACAAUUGCAGCAGGAGGAGCAGCGGGAGCGUCAACGUCACCUGCACCACAUGCAGCAGAGGCCGCCCGGGGCUCCCACUCAGACGCCUGCCAUCAACGCACCCGUGCACUUCCCGGCGCCGAUGCAGGUGCCUGUCGAGGUGCUCAAGGUACAAACGCAUUUGGAGAACCCCACCGACUACCACAUCCGCCAGUCUCAGAAGCAGCAGGUAAAGGAAUACCUCUCCAGUACCUACGCCCCGAAGCAGGCCGUCCAUGCUGCAGCCGGCGGCGUCCACCCUUCUCCACCAGGCAUGGCGCAGUGCCAGUCAGCCGGUGCCGUGCAAACCCUGCCCUCACCUUGCGCAUCACAGCUCGUCACCCCAACAGGGAACAGCGCCCCUAACAGUCCUAUGGCAAUGCUGAACAUCACUUGCAACCAGGAAAAAGAGCAGAUGGAGGAAGUGAUCGAGGACAUCAUCAGCAUGCAAUCCAGCUUUGAUGAAAUGCGGAAUUAUGCUGACCCUGUGGUACAGAUGCCAAAUACACUCCCUCUGUCCAACAGCCAUUUGGACGUGUACACUGGGCCUGGCAUGGCAGGUCCUACCAUCGCCAUGACUAGCAACUCCUGCCCUGCCAACUUACAUCACAAAAGAGAGAUGUCGGAUGCAGAAGCCCGUGCAUUGGCCAAGGAAAGACAGAAGAAAGACAACCACAACCUGAUUGAAAGAAGACGAAGGUUUAAUAUCAACGAUCGCAUCAAAGAGCUGGGCACUAUGAUUCCUAAAACAAAUGACCUGGAUGUCCGCUGGAACAAGGGCACUAUUCUCCGGGCCUCAGUGGAGUACAUUAAACAAAUGCAGAAGGACAUGCAGAGAACCAGGGAAGUGGAGAGCAAUUUCAAGAGGAUGGAGGUGGUCAAUAAGCAAUUGUGGCUCCGUAUCCAGGAGCUGGAGAUGCAAGCCCAGAUGCACGGCCUGCCCAGCAACUCUCCAUCAGGCAUGAACAACAUUGAACCCCUGAAUCAGUUUGUGAAGCAAGAGAACAGCCCUGAGGAGAUUCACCACCAGAGGGCCCCUCCCCAUCAGCCCCCGCCACUCCACUCCCAGCCCCAACAGCUCCACCAUCAGCAGCUCCACCUGCAGGCUCCUCAGCUUCACCCCCAGCCACCACUGCAGUACUCGGCCGUAGGCAGCACACAGGCCUUCGACUUCACCCACUCACUGGACUUUGAUGGCGGUAUGCCUGUUUACACAGAUGGCAUUGGUUGCCUGGGGGAUCUGGGCUCUAUAGGGGGCACAGCUGUCAACAGCAUGGUUCACCCAGGCAAGAAAAGCGAUAUGUCCUGGAUGGACGAGGCGCUGUCGCCCCUGGGCGCAGACCCCCUACUCUCUGCCAUGUCGCCAGAGGCGUCUAUGGACAGCAGCCGCCGUAGCAGCUUCAGCAUAGACGACUCAGAAAUACUGUGAAAUGGCUUCAGCACAAAUAUUAACACAUACACACACCGAUUUGUUAAUGAAAAAUAAAAGGGCAACAGUA